UCUAGCACAGCAGUCAACCCAGAUUUAAAUCGAAUAAAAUUUCUAAUCUGAAAACAUGUUCAAAGAAAAUGAAAUUAAUUUCUAUGAAAAUAAAAUCGAUUUGAAACAAGUGAUUGCCGGACAAAAUUUACAAUCCGCCGAUGAGGCUUUAUUUGUAUGUGAUUUGACCCGUUUAAAGGAGAAAUAUGACAUGUGGACGAAAUAUAUGCCAAGAGUGAAGCCCUAUUAUGCUGUAAAAUGCAAUGAUGAUGGUCAUAUUGUCAAAACCUUAGCUGAGCUGGGCACUAAUUUUGAUUGCGCUUCGAAGGGUGAAAUAAAACAAGUUCUGGAUUUGGGUGUCCAUCCGGAUCGUAUAAUUUUCGCCCAGCCCUGUAAACCAAUUUCACAUCUGGAAUAUGCCAAGGAAAUGGGUGUUAUGACCAGCACUGUGGAUACUGAAUUUGAAAUCCAUAAGCUGCAUAAACAUUUUCCAGAAUCAAACUUGGUCAUACGUUUCCGUUGUGAGGCCAAGGAGGCCCAAUGUCCCUUGGGAGAUAAAUUUGGAUGUGAUGCUGAAAAUGAGGCCACAUCUCUAAUGCUUUUGGCAAAGAGUCUGAACUUGAAGGUUAUUGGCACAAGUUUUCAUGUUGGUUCCGGUUGCAACGAUCUACCAGCCUAUGAUCGAGCCAUUACCAUAGCUAAAAAUCUCUUCAAAUUCGGUGCAUUACUUGGCUAUGAAAUGAAUUUGCUUGAUAUUGGUGGUGGUUUUCCGGGCAGCGAUAAUCAGAAAUUUGAAAAGAUUGCCGAGAUUGUUAACAAAUCUCUGAUGCGUCAUUUUCCCGAUGAUAAGGUUAAUAUUAUCGCUGAGCCGGGUAGAUUUUUUGUCGCCUCCGCUUAUACUUUGAUUUGUAAAAUUCAUGCUAAGCGUGAAGCCCGCUUGCCCAAUGGAAAGCUGCUGACUAAAAUGUAUUAUCUGAAUGAUGGCGUUUAUGGGUCAUUCAAUUGCAUUUUGUAUGAUCAUCAACAUGCUGAGGUGCAACAUUUUGUGGACGAAGAAAACGCCGAAGUACCGAAAUUUAAUUCCCUGAUAUGGGGUCCAACAUGCGAUGCCUUGGAUAAGAUCGCCGAAGAUUUACAAUUGCCCGAUUUGAAAUGCGGUGAUUUCUUGGCCUUUCCCAAUAUGGGUGCUUACACAAUACCCAUUGCCAGCCCGUUCAAUGGUUUUAUGCUACCCAAAAUCUUAUAUUUCCAUAAAGCAAAAAUCUGACUAAUAUUGGAAAUAAUAAUAAAUUAUGUACAGAAUUUGGAAGUUGAUAAAGAACAAAAGGUGUUAAAAUAUUUAUUUCAUGAUCAAUAAGGACAUUUAUGAAACAUUACAAAAAAUCUGACGUUUACAAAACUAAGUGAAUUUAGGCUGUCCGCUUUCAUCCAUCUGGGGUAAACUUAAGA